CAGUCGUAUCGAUAUAGAAUUGCUCGUGACGUGGUCUGUUGAGUGGUCGCGCGUAGUCGCCGGUUGUUUUCUUAUGUUCAACGUGUUCGGUCAUUAGACAGUUCUCGUUUCGAUCGAUCACAGUCUAUGCUUCGAAAAUAAAAUUAAAUUGCCAAGUUUUCCAAGAUCGAAACUUUUCUAAAACAUAGUACGUGAAUAUAAUCAGUUCUAACACGUAAGUUGUACGGGUUGUCAAACGUGCCGUGCCGUAUGAUAGUGUCAGUGUUUGAUCGUGCUUGUCACUGCUUGUGCAUUUUACUAGAAUCAGACCGAGAGAACCAUCUUCUGACGAAAUGUUUAGCUGGUUAGGCCGAGACGAUAGCAGUAAACAGGAUAUCUUUGAAAAUGUUGCUGACGGCCUUAAAAAAAUAUACAAGUCUAAAUUGCUGCCACUCGAGCAGCAUUACCAAUUUCAUGAUUUUCAUUCACCUCAACUUGAUGAUCCGGACUUUGAUGCAAAACCCAUGAUCCUUUUGGUUGGACAAUACUCAACUGGAAAAACUACCUUCAUCAAGUAUUUGCUAGAACGAGACUUUCCUGGAAUAAGAAUCGGACCUGAACCAACGACAGAUCGCUUCAUUGCAGUUAUGUAUCAUGAAAAUGAGCGUGUGAUCCCUGGGAAUGCUUUAGUUGUUGACCCAAACAAACAAUUUCGUCCUCUCUCCAAAUUUGGGAAUGCUUUUCUUAAUAGAUUUCAAUGUUCCACUGUUGCAUCUCCUGUUUUAAAAGGCAUAUCUAUAGUAGAUACACCUGGUAUCUUAUCAGGCGAAAAACAAAGGGUUGACAGAGGUUAUGAUUUUACUGGUGUUAUGGAAUGGUUUGCCGAGCGAGUAGACAGGAUCAUUUUACUGUUCGACGCGCACAAGCUUGAUAUUUCUGAUGAAUUUAGAAGAUUAAUUGAAGCAUUACGCGGUCACGAUGAUAAAAUUAGAAUUGUACUCAAUAAAGCUGAUAUGAUCGAUCAUCAACAGCUCAUGAGAGUAUAUGGAGCAUUGAUGUGGUCCUUAGGGAAAGUUUUACAAACUCCUGAAGUAGCCAGGGUAUAUAUUGGAUCAUUUUGGGAUCAACCUUUGAGAUAUGAUGUAAAUAAAAGGUUAUUUGAAGAUGAAGAACAAGAUUUAUUCAGAGAUAUGCAAUCAUUGCCUAGAAAUGCGGCACUUAGGAAACUCAAUGACUUGAUUAAACGCGCACGAUUAGCGAAGGUACACGCUUAUAUAAUCAGUGCUUUAAGAAAAGAUAUGCCUAGUAUGUUUGGUAAAGACACUAGAAAGAAAGAACUUAUCAAAAAUUUAGGUCAAAUUUAUGAUCAAAUACAAAGGGAACAACAAAUAUCGCCUGGCGAUUUUCCAGACUUGAAAAAAAUGCAAGAAUCUUUAGCUCACCAUGAUUUUAGUAAAUUUAAUUCUUUGAAACCUAAGCUUUUAGAAGUAGUUGAUAAUAUGCUUGUUAAAGACAUUGCCCAACUCAUGGCUAUGAUCCCUCAUGAAGAAGUCAGCACAACAUCAGACUCACUUGUUAAAGGUGGUGCAUUUGAAGGUGUGGAAGAUCAAGUGAGUCCAUUCGGAUAUAAACGAGGAGAAGGUAUCGAUGCUGGUGCAGGUGAACCAGAAUGGAUUGUUAAUAAGGAAAGAUACAAGUAUAAUUUGAUAUUUGAAAAGCUCGGUCCAUGUGAUGGAAAAAUUUCAGGAGCGGCAGCAAAAUCGGAAAUGGUGAAAUCGAAAUUACCAAAUAAUGUGCUUGGUAGAAUUUGGAAAUUAUCUGAUAUCGAUAAAGAUGGAUUUUUGGAUUCUGAUGAAUUUGCCUUAGCAAUGCAUUUAAUUAAUGUAAAACUUGAAGGUUAUGACCUACCUGCAGAAUUGCCGGAUCAUUUGAUACCACCAUCGAAACGAGAUACAUAAUUUAGCUCCAAUAUUGUACUCAUCUCUUAUGUCUGUUCACUAUGUUAGACGUAUGUUUGGUAUAUGUUUAAUGCGCACAUUGUACGACUAUAUUUAUUAAUUCGCCAACACAGCAUCACCAAACACAUUGAUCAAUAUUACUGUUUCUCAAAUGUUCGAAAGAGUACGUGAUAUUUAUGUAUUUCAUUUCAAAAAAUAUCUUUAUUCGUUUUUAAUUAAAAUAUUAGAGAAAAAUUUUUUAAAAAAAUUUUAUUACAAAAAAGAAAGAAGUAAUAUAUAACAGUCAUUUCACUAUUUUGUGUUCUCAAAGAAAACGUAUUUUUUCGAGCUAGGUUUUUAAUUUUUAAAACACUUGAAUUUUUUAUCAUGUUUCAAGUGUAAAUUAUAUUUAUUUUUUCUGUUUCCCCCUUUAAUAUCACGUCAAAAAUUAACAUUAAAUUACUACACAAUAAAACUUUAUACUAAUUUGGGUAAAUUCCAUAAAUUUCAAUGAAUGAAUGUGUGUUUGUAUGUAUGUGUGUAAUAUAUUUUUCUUUUGCUCGAAUAUAGUUGUUGAUAACAAUAUUAUUACUACUACUAUCAUCUUUAACAAAUGUGCUUAAGUUCAUCAUCGCUCCAUAAUUAAUUUUCUAAAUAUAUGUCUACUGUUAACUUUUUCUUAUUCUAUAGAAUAGGGAAAAUGGAUAAGACUACAGAAUGUGUAUUUCCUAAUCACGUAGCUGUGUGCACAAGUACAUGAUAAAGCAAAAUCGAUAUUUAUUUAACAAACAUAUUAAUCUGUAAUCAAACACGAUAGUUAUUCUGUUGCGUCAACAGAAAUUUCCAUGAAAAAGGAAACGCUAUCGCAGCAUAAGAUAUAGAAUGAUAGAAAUCAUACUUAAAACAGUGUGUUAGUAUUGAGUCAUUUUAUACACAUUUCACUUAUUCUCUAUUUGUGCAAUAUGUGCUUUUGAAAAAAAUAACAAAUUUUAAUAUAAAUGUAUUUUCAUUAUGUACAAUCGAACAAUGAUAUAAGCAUGUUAUAUUUUUAAAAAAGGAAAGAAACAAUAUGUAAAUAAAUUUUUUAAUAGAUCAUAUUUAAGUAACUUGGUGCUUUAACAUGAGAAAUAUUUCAAGAGAUCAAAUAAUGUUCUCUGUUAGCACUGCCACCAUGUUUAAUGCAUCUUUUUAUGUGAUAUUUAAGAGAUAUCCCAAUUUGAUAUCUUUCCUGUACUUUAUAACAAAAUGAAGUCGAUGAAAAUAUUAGAAAAGAAAAUUAUUUUUUAUAAUAUUCUGUACAUAAAUAUAUAUAAUGAACUAAAAAUAUUCAAAUCAUAUACAUGUAUAAAAUAGUAAAUUUUGUGGUGACUAACAACGAGUAAAACAUCAAAUAAAAUAAUAUUAUUUUUUAAUAUUAUUAACAAUAUUAUCUUUCAAUAUUAUUUUUUUCACAAGACACAAUUAUCGUGAUUUUUCUUUCUUUUUUACAUAAAUAUUACAUAAAUGAUUACUCAUUGCUUAUAGUUACACAUAUGUAAAUAAGCAAAAUAUAUUGUUUGUAAGAAAGUAAAGAAAAAAAAUAUAAACAUAAUAAUUUGUCAUCUAAUAAAGAUACAAUGAAAAUAA